CUAUCUUUGUUUCCUGUCUAGCUUGAUUUCCAAUGCGUCUCACCUGUGUUUUAUUGCCCUGCCUGCUUGUGUGUGCGUGGUGUGCCUCUGUAUAUAUUGCCCUCAGUUGUGUUCAGUCCUGGGGGUGUCAUUUAAUGUUGAGUGUUCUGCCUUGUGCUCUGUUUCUCUGUUAUUUGGAUAAUAUCUUUCUGUUUGGACUUUGCUCUCUUUAGUUUGGGACUACUGCUACACUAAGUGUAAGCCUGGAAGUUUCUGCUGGACCUUAUUAAAAUAUACCUGCUUUUCUCUGGUUUCCUGCAUUUGAGUCCACAUUGAGUAUUCCUGCCUCAGCACUGUCUGUCUGAUAAUCACACUUUUGACAAAUAGCGUGCAGCUACAAAACAAACUGCUAUCGGGGAGAAAAUUUCACUUCUCCAAAUAAAUAGAAAUUCAGUCCAUUGGUAACUAAUAUCAUGGUGUAGGUGAUCAGUUGGCCAUGGCCUACAUUGCGAUUUAGCCAGCUAAGGUAGCAUUACUGAUACUGCAAAGGGUGCUAGCUAGCAGGCACCAUGUAGCUAAGGUGACCCUAACUUUAUAUUUUGUGUUGGUAAUUAAGUUGAGAGGGUUUACCUGGCCCCUACAUGUGACACAAAUAAUAGUCUGAGAAUAUUGAUUGAAGCCUGACAAUGUGUGUGCAUAUGUUUGUUUAUUUGGUUUCUGUUGGCUUGUUUCCAACAGAUAUCCAGAAUUAGUGCCCACAUCUAUUUUGUCAGUAAAACCAAAAUUACUUUUCAGUCUGAUUAACAGUCUGGCAGUUAGCUUUAUUACAUGAAUAUAAAAUAAAAAUAUUAAUAAAAUGUACUUCAGCCUUUAACCCUGGUAGUAAGGUCACAACUGGACUGGAUUUAUCCUAACACAUGAGCACUAUUGGUGAAGCACCAAAUGGACAAAUGUAAACACAAAGUAAGCAUUCCCAUUGUUGUAGAGUAAUACUAUGUAGCACUGAAAUUUAGAACAAAAAACAUUAAAUCAAGUAUGCAUACAAAACAGGUGAAGCUCUAUAAAACAAGUUUGUUAUAUAAAAAAAAAUCAUGAAAAUGUACAAAUUUUCAUUUUCAUGAAAGUGUCAACCUCAAAGUUCCUACUUCAAAUGUAUGCACGCGACUAAACCACGUGGGCUGAUCUGCCUGAAAUCGUGUUACCCUGAGUGCCCUGUGUUAUCUGGAACAGUAGCGGAAUUAUUGGGCUAAUGUUUCAGCUCCACAUGGUUGCAUGGUUUGCUUGCAAGCAGCACAGCAGGGAGGGACAAGAGGCAAAGAGAAUGAGGUUGAGAAAAAAAAAAGCAGAAAGGAAGAGCUUAGGACUCCCCUUCAGGCAUCCGAACAAGUCUGAACUGUUCUGCUGCUGCUUGUGUUCUGCCUACGCUAAGCAAGGCUGCCUCGGGAAUCAGAAACAGCGUUUACAGCCUUCACAGUCUCCUGCGGGGAUGCAGCGACAGGAGUUCAGUUGUUGAGCUACGGUGGAUGGUCGCGGAAGUUGCUUUGUGCUUUUUGAAGCUGUGACUCUGGACACGGGUGACUGGGAAUACUGCUGUGUCCAGACACUGCACGGAGCGCUAGGGCUGGAUAUGCCACAGGUGGAAAGGUGGGGAGCAGCAGGCUGUGGCCCGGUGCGCGGAACAGAGUUCCCCAGGUUGUGAAGAUGUGGAGCUGGGUUUUCACUGUGACUGUCCUCCUGUCCUCCAUGAAACAAGCUGAAGCUCAGGGCAGGUGUAAUAGUGUGCAAGCGGCAGAUAUUGUUUUCCUGGUUGAUGGGUCUUCCAGUAUUGGCCGAGCUAACUUCCUGCAGGUGAAGGGCUUUAUGGCUGGGAUCGUCAAACCCUUUGCCAGCUCUGUCAGCGAGUCAGGGAUACGGUUUGGGGCCAUACAGUACAGCGACACUUCCAGAGUUGAAUUUACAUUUACUACCUACGUGAAUGGCACUGCGCUGGUCAACGCUUUACAGAAUCUGAACUAUAAGGGUGGAAACACACGCACUGGGGCUGGUCUCAAGUUUGUCGCUGACAACUUCUUCAACCCUGCGUCCAGUCGGAAUGUCCCAAAGAUCACUAUCCUGAUCACAGACGGGAAAUCACAGGACAGUGUGCAGGACCCAGCGCAGAAGCUACGCAGUCAAGGAGUGCACGUUUUUGCGGUUGGUAUAAAGAGUGCAGACAGGGCUGAAUUGGAUCAGAUCUCCUCCCAGCCCAGCAGCGAUUUCACAUCCUUUGUUGGGGACUUCAAACUGCUGAACACACUUCUUCCUCUUGUGAGCCCCCAAGUGUGUUCCAAAGCAGGAGGAGUCUAUGCUAGUGAUGAGGCAUUUUCCGGUCCGUCCAACAUUCAGUUCACCAGCCAGACAUCUGAUUCUCUCAGGUUCCGCUGGAGUUCAGCAGGGGGGCCUGUGAGUGGCUAUGUGGUCCAGUAUGUGCCGCUCUCUGGCCUGGGUCAGCCUAUCAUUGCAGAACUGCGUCAGGAGACUGUUUCUGCCAGUCAGAGGACCUUUACCGCACGAGAGCUAAGGUCAGGAACCGACUACCUGGUGACUGUCAUCGCCCAAUACCCCAACAGUGUGGGAGAGUCUGUUUCUGCCAAGCAACGAACCAGGUCCUUGCCAGGUGUCUCUAGUCUACGUCUGGUCCAGGCAGACUUCUUCUCUCUCUCUGUGGGCUGGGAUCUGCCUUCAUCUCCUGUCCAGGGCUACAGGAUCACCUAUGGCCCACGAGGUCGGCCGGCAGCUCAGCUGUUGGAGCAGUCGCUGUCUGCAGACGCCACAUCUGUCACCUUGGAGUCACUUCAGCCCGACACAGAGUACGUCAUAAGCCUCUACCCCCUGUUCCCCCGAAACUCUGGAUCCCCGUCCAUCCUCAACGCCCGCACAUUGCGUCUUGAGGCGGUGCAGCAGUUGUCAGUGGAGACGGAGUCAGAGGGCAGUGUCCGUCUGCGGUGGAGAGCCGUCAGUGGCGCGCGGGCCUAUCGUCUAGUCUGGGGACCGUUUACAGGUCGAAAUGUUGAGACUGUGGAGGUUUCCGGUGACAGUGACUUUCACACUUUGUCCAGACUGCAGCCGGACACAGAGUACAUCGUCACUAUCAUCCCGCUGUAUGAGGGCAGCACGGAGGGCCCUGUAGCAACGGCCAGGUUCAAGAUAGAGCGUCAGGAGCAGCAGGUCCUCAGAGCAGCUAUCAUCAGCCCCUCCUCUAUUCGCCUCACCUGGAGAAUCAUUCAGUCCUCUCGAGGGUACCGCCUGGAGUGGAGGGAGGGGGAAGGAGGCCGUGUCCAGAGCCUGUCCUUUCCUAGAGGUACUAGCAGCUAUGUGCUAACAGGCCUUCAGCCCAACACAGAAUAUAUCAUCACCCUGUACACCCUGUUCGAAGGUCGUGAGGAGGCCACACCUGUCUCCACCACAUCCAGAGAAGAGCAGCCAGUGGGGAGGGUCUCCAACUUGAGAGUUGUGGAGUCUCUGGGCAGUACUGCCAGACUCGGCUGGACGGGCGUAGCUGGGGCCACACAGUACCGCAUCAUUAUCCUGAACACAGAAACGGGAACAGAGGAAAUCCGGAUUAUCCCUGGAAACCAGACAAUCCUCGACCUCAGAGACCUGACAGUGGGAGUGUCUUAUGGGGUCAGUGUCACAGCACUGGUGGGAGAAAAUGAAGGAGACCCAAUUACUGUCUACAUCAAACCAGAGCAAGGUGUUGGCAGAGUGACUAACCUCAGAGUGUCAAACGCAAACAGUCGGAGAAUUCGAAUUGCCUGGACAGGUGUAACUGGGGCUACGGGGUACAGGGUUACUUGGAGACAAGGCAACAGUGCGGAACAGUCCCGCGUUCUUGGGGUGGAGGCCACGUCCUACACUAUAGAUGGCCUGCAACCAGAUGAGGCAUUGGUAAUUGGUGUUGCGGCUGUGGCCGAUCAGCGCGUUGGAGAGGUGGUCACGCUGUCUACUCGGACUAAUCCCCAAGGUGGAUCAGUGUCCGGACUUCGCAUCAUUGACGCCACGUCUAAGAGGAUACGCAUUGCAUGGUCACCUUCCCCUAGGGCAACUGGCUAUAAGAUCACUUGGCGCCGUGAUGAUGGGAUUGAAACAACACGAAACGUGGCCGCGGACGUGUCUUCCUUCACCAUUGAUGGACUACAGUCAGAUUCAGCCUAUACCGUGUUAAUCUCGACACUGACUGGCUCUCGAGAGGGAAGUCCUUCCACCCUGAGUGUUAGAACAGAGUCAGAUCACUCUGUGGUCGGGACUGUGACGUCACUGCAAGUCCAGGAGACCCGUGGACAGGUUGUCCGAGUCAGUUGGGUUGGUGUGCAGGGGGCAACGGCUUAUCGCGUGACUUGGAGGAGAACGGAUGGGGGUGAAGAGAGGAGUCAGCUGGUGGGGGGAGAUGUGUCAGCAGUGGAUUUAGAACGGUUGGACCCCGGAGCCCAGUAUGAGGUGCAGGUCAUGGCUUUAGUUCAAAACAGAGAGGGAACCCCUGUGUCUGUCAGAGUCACCACACCUAGUGCCUUCACCCCCCCCCCCUCACUGCCUACCGCAAUUUUGCGAGUGGCAGAGGUUACCCAGGAUUCUGUGCGGCUUGGCUGGAGUCCACUACUAGGUGCCACGGGAUAUAUUCUACGCUGGAGCGAGGAGACAGAUCUUGGUGGAGGCUUGUCAGUUACGCUCCCCGCUACGUCCAGCACUUACCAGGUUCCCGGGCUGCGUUUGGGCCGUCGAUAUCGCUUUACCUUGCAGCCCGUAUUUGCAAGUGGAUUGGGAACAGAGAGCUCUGUAGAUGAACGCACUGUGUGCGUGGGCGGGCGUCUGGAUGUGGUGUUUCUGGUGCCGGCAUCCACCGAUCGGAUUGGCCUCGCUAGACCUCUUCGCGAACUCCUCAGAAGUGCAGCAGGGUCGCUCAGCACUAUCAGUGACCGCGACUCGCAGGUGGGAGUUGUAGUCUAUGGUUACAGGCCCAAAAUAUGGUUCCUGCUUAAUCGCCAUGGCAGGUCUGACACACUUCUUCAAGAGAUCCAGUCCACACCCUUUGAUGAAAGUCCAGGGAAUAAUAUUGGUGAGGCGGUGACAUUCACCAGACAGUACGUUCUGAACCCUUCAGCUGGACGGAGACCGAGGGUCCCUGGCGCUGUUGUCAUCAUCGCUGACAGGAAAUCAACUGACAACCUCACCCUCGCAGCGAGCAGUCUCAGAGCUACAGGGGUGACAGUGUUAGCUGUGGGAAUAAACCAGGCCGAUACUGAGGAGCUGCGUCGGGUGGUGACGGAUGGCAGCACCCAGAACAUCCUGUAUACCCGCGACGCAGCACGGCUGGACACCAUACAUGCCGAUCUGGCAGACUUGCUCUGUGGCAUUGCCAGAAUACCAGAGGUAGGUCCGGGUCCGGACCAGUGUACCAUUCAGUGUCCCCAGGGUGAGAAGGGAGAUCGUGGAGAAAAGGGUGACCGAGGCAGAGACGGUGCCGAUGGACGCAAGGGAGAGCCUGGUCGGGAUGGUUUGCCUGGGAGGGAAGGCCCCAGAGGGCCUGAAGGACGCCCAGGCCCACCAGGCCAAACUGUCCCUUUUGACCCCUCAGCAAGGGUGAAAGGAGAAAAGGGGGAGAGAGGUUUUCCUGGCAUUGAUGGAAGUCCAGGUUUGCCAGGACGAUCAGGUUCCCCCGGAAGUGCAGGGGUCCCGGGUUCACAGGGCCUACCUGGUGUCAGAGGAGACCCAGGUGAACCGGGAGGGACAGGUCCACAAGGACCACAGGGCAGUAAAGGUGAAAGGGGUGAACCGGGCUCAGCUAUAUCUGGAGGGGGUCUUCCAGGGCGGAAAGGAGAGCCAGGCAUCCCGGGAAUACCGGGUACUCCGGGUCGGCCAGGCAACGAUGGGGCCAAAGGUGCCCCUGGAGUGCCGGGGACAUCUGGUCAGGAUGGUCGUCCAGGUUUACCAGGAACACCAGGACUCUCCAUCAAGGGAGACAAGGGCAGCCCAGGAGAGAGGGGACCUCCAGGAGUCGGCAGCGGGGUGGCUGUAAAGGGCGAGAAGGGCUCCCCAGGUACUCCAGGACCUCCAGGGGCUCAGGGUCCUAUAGGGCCAACAGGACCACAGGGCAGCAAAGGAGACAAGGGCAGCAGUGGUGAUGGGACACCCGGGCCUCCAGGCAGGCAAGGAGAGCCUGGGGACAGGGGUCCCCGUGGCCCUCCAGGUGAAAUUGGUAGCAAGGGUGACCGAGGACAGCCAGGUGAGCCUGGAUCACAGGGAGACAGGGGGGAGAGAGGGGCGUCCGGUGAAACUGGGGAGAAAGGGGACCCAGGGAAGCCGGGCCUCGCAGGAACUCCAGGCUUGAGAGGUUUACCAGGGCCCAGUGGACCGCCUGGAGAAAAGGGAAAUGAAGGUGCACGAGGGGAGCCCGGCAGAAGUGCUCUAGGUGUUCCAGGGAAGAAAGGGGAAAUGGGGGAGCGAGGCCCGGCUGGUCCUGAGGGGCCGAGGGGAGAUAAAGGAGAACCGGGACAGAGAGGAGAGAAAGGUUCUCCAGGGUCAGGAGGGUCAGGUGGCGUUGGACCUAAAGGAGAGCCGGGAGACAGAGGACUUCCUGGUAUCAGUGGCAGGCCGGGUGCCAAGGGAGAUCCAGGUGAACCAGGAGAGAGGGGGGAGAAUGGUCGGCCAGGAAUCUCAGGAAAGCCUGGUCUUGCUGGGAAAGAGGGAGAGAAAGGAGAGAAGGGUGACGAAGGCACACCUGGGGAGCCUGGACUUCCAGGCAAGGCGGGAGAAAGAGGGCUGAGGGGACUGGCUGGUCAACCAGGACGACCAGGAGAGAAAGGAGACCCAGGAGACCCAGGAGAGCACGGACGAAAUGGCAGCCCGGGACCUGCGGGAGCGAGAGGAGAGAAAGGAGAACUGGGACCACAAGGGCCUCCAGGACAACCAGGAAAAGUGGCGGACAUCCAGGGCCAGCUGAAAGGAGACAGAGGAGAGAAGGGCGACAGCGGCGACCCAGGAGAGCAUGGCAGCAAAGGUCAGAAAGGCGAAGCAGGGACUCCCGGAGCCCCAGGCCCACAAGGUUCUGAGGGACAACGAGGGCCCGCAGGCACAAGAGGUGACGCAGGAGAAAGAGGAGCGCCUGGAGAGAAGGGAGAAAGGGGAGCAUCUGGGUUAGAUGGACGUCCCGGUCUUGACGGUAAACCGGGUGCUUCUGGAGCACCUGGUCAAAGGGGUGAUCCCGGGAAACAGGGGGAUCCUGGGAGAGAUGGUUUACCCGGACUAAGAGGGGAACAGGGCCCCCCAGGGCCUGUUGGGCCCCCAGGCACUCCAGGGACACCUGGUAAAGCAGGUGAAGAUGGCAAAACUGGGCCUCCUGGCAAAAUGGGUGAGGAUGGUGUGCCAGGUGAAGAUGGGAGGAAGGGUGACAAAGGAGAAGCAGGAGCCGCUGGAAGAGAUGGCCGUGAUGGGCUGAAAGGAGAACGGGGCCUUGCUGGGCCAGUAGGACCCUCUGGUGCGCCGGGGCCUCCUGGAGUACCUGGCAACAUUGGUCCUCCUGGACAGGUUGUUUAUGUUAAAGGAGUUGAAGCGGCACCAACCCCAGGCCCGCAGGGGCCCCCAGGAACCCCUGGCGUGCCUGGGAUACCGGGAGCUGUGGGAGCCAGAGGGGAGAGAGGUCCACCUGGCCUUAAAGGUGAAGCUGGGGACCCAGGAGAGGAUGGGGCGCCGGGCAAGCCUGGGACAGCAGUGGAUGUACAGAGGGCUCUGGCUGGCUUUGGUAUUCUGGUGUCUGAUCUGAAGGUGGUUGUGGACAGGAAGGACACGCCGCAGGUUCCUACAGUGCAGAAGGCAGAGAAAGGUGAAAAGGGAGACAGGGGUGAAUCUGGACCGAGAGGACCAUCUGGUGCAGAUGGGGCUCGUGGUGUUCCAGGAGAGAGAGGAGCAAAAGGGGACCAGGGAGAGCGAGGACCCGUGGGAGCAACUGGGCCUAUUGGAAGAGCCAUUGGAGAGCGAGGGCCAGAGGGACCCCCAGGGCCUGCUGGAGAGCCAGGCAAGCCGGGAAUACCGGGAGUUCCUGGGCGAGCUGGGGAACUGGGGGAGGCUGGAAGACCUGGAGAUAAGGGGGAGAGAGGAGUGAAAGGGGACAAAGGGGAGACUGGCACUAGCGGGGCAACGGGACCAGCCGGCCCACCAGGUCAAAAGGGGGCAUCUGCUGACUCAGUACUGAUUGGUGCGCCUGGGGCCCGAGGCCCUCCAGGAGUUGCAGGACAGAGAGGAGAGCCUGGUUCUGCAGGAGUACCAGGACCUAAAGGAGACCGGGGUUUUGCGGGAUCUCCUGGUGAUAAAGGAGAUAGAGGAGAGUCUGGAGAAAGAGGACGUGAUGGCUCGCAGGGACCACCAGGAGGACCAGGAAAACCUGGUCAGGAUGGGAAACCGGGCCCAACAGGGCCCGCUGGUCCUCAAGGCCAACCAGGAAACCCAGGAGAGCCUGGCAUACGGGGGCCAACUGGCCCCAUGGGUCCCAAUGGGCUUCCAGGUCCACCAGGUGUGAAGGGUAAUCAAGGAGAGCCAGGUGUUGGUGUCCAGGGUCCUCCUGGUGCCCAAGGGAGCACAGGUCUGCCAGGACCACCAGGUCCACCAGGAGCUGUAGGUCCGCAGGGCCCCCCAGGACUCUCAGGGCAGGUGGGUGAAGCAGGUAAACCAGGAGUCCCAGGAAGAGAUGGGGUGCCUGGUAAAGAAGGAAUACCUGGAUUACCAGGAAAGCAGGGCAUUGCUGGACCUCCUGGCCAGUCCGGCUUAAAGGGGGAGCAGGGAGACAGCGGUCCUCCAGGGAAGGCUGUGGCUGGACCCCCUGGACCCAAAGGAGAGACAGGCCCUCCUGGUCAAACACUGCCAGGCACAGCUGGAGAAAGAGGCGUACCUGGAGAAAGGGGCAACAAGGGAGACAAAGGUGCUGCUGGCAUCAAAGGAGAGAGAGGAGUGGCUGGUGAAUCAGGAGAGCCUGGAGAAGAUGGGGCACAGGGACCUGCUGGGCCCAAAGGAGAUAAGGGAGAGAAGGGCAUAGGACAGGCAGGUCCUGCUGGUCGGGUAGGGCCUCAAGGUUUAAAGGGAGAUCAAGGCCUUCCUGGUCCAGCUGGUCCUCCAGGGCUACAGGGAAAGCCAGGUGACGCUGGGCUGCCUGGCCUGAGAGGAGAACCUGGACAACCAGGACCUCCUGGACCACAGGGGGAGAGGGGUCUUCAAGGCUUUGCAGGCCGUGCAGGAAAUGUUGGACCCCCAGGUCCUCCUGGACCUCUUGGACAGGCAGGCACUCCUGGUACCAACGGGGUCAAAGGGGACAAGGGGGAAGUUGGCGUUGGAGUCCCUGGUCCCAGAGGAGAGAGAGGAGAUUCGGGGCCCAGAGGAGAAGAGGGUCGUGCUGGCUUGGAUGGGGAGAGAGGACCAACGGGUCCGCCUGGGAUUCGUGGUGCUCGGGGAGAGAAGGGAGACUCGGGGCUGCAAGGUGACAAAGGAGAGAAGGGGGACACUGUGCUGGUGGGAGGACCUCCUGGAGAAAAGGGCAAUAAAGGAGAAACAGGUGACCGAGGACCCAAAGGUGUGCAAGGAGAAAAAGGGGCAAAGGGACAAGAGGGCCCCACAGGGGAGCAGGGUCUGAGGGGAGAGCCGGGAGAAAGAGGAUCCACUGGAUUCCCGGGUGCCCGUGGCCCCGGUGGACAGAAGGGAGAAGCCGGACAACCUGGAGUUCCUGGUGAAUCGGGUUUACCAGGAAAAGAUGGGCUGCUAGGGCGUAAAGGGGAGAAGGGAGAGAUCGGUACCCUAGGAAUGAGAGGAAUCAAGGGUGACCGAGGACCCAAGGGGGCUUGUGGAAGCGAUGGACCCAAAGGAGAGAAGGGGGAUGCUGGUAUUCAUGGACGAUCAGGCCUACCAGGAAGAAAAGGUGAACAGGGGGAACUCGGACCUUCUGGGGCGCCAGGGACCCCCGGAAAAGAGGGACUAGUCGGCCCCAAGGGUGACCGUGGUUUUGAUGGGCUUGCAGGAUCCAAAGGUGCUCAGGGAGAGAAAGGUGAAAGGGGUCCGCCUGGGGUCCCUGGUCCUCCUGGCCCCAGAGGAGUGGAUGGGACCCCGGGCCUGACUGGCCUUCAGGGACCAGUGGGUCCUAAAGGCCCAGAGGGGCUCCAGGGACAGAAGGGGGAGAGAGGUCCAAAUGGUCCUGCCACAGUGGGUCCACGUGGUAUCCCAGGGAUCCCGGGGGAGCGAGGAGAGCCAGGAGAGAUGGGCCCAGAUGGAGCCAAGGGAGACAGAGGAGAGGCGGGCAUGACGGAGGAUGAGGUCAGAGAGUAUGUUCGCACAGAGAUGAGUCAGCACUGUGCGUGUGGAGGUUCAGGCCCAGUAAGUCGGCCCCAGCCCGAGUUCAGGGCUCGGCAUGCAGCAGAGCAACAACUGGCCGUGAAGGGUGAGGAUGGCCGUGAGCUGCGUGUGGUGGUGAACACCAAUGACCCAGAUUAUGAGCACGUCUAUUCCAUCGAAGCCUAUGACGAUCCCUUGGACGAGCUGCUCUACUUACCUCCCCCUGCCAACCAGAGUGAUGGUGAGGCUGUCAAAGCUGAAACUGACAAAACAGUCAAAGUCGAACUAAACAAAUCAGCCAGUGCAGACGUUAAGAAAAAAGCAACAGUUGCUGUUCAGAAAGCAGUCAAAGUUACACCUCUGAAAGCAGUCACGCCCAAAUCAGUCAGGUCCAAGAGGAGAGUCAAAGGGGAAGCUCCAGCAGACCUGUGCCUGCUGCCCAUGGAGGAGGGGAGCUGUGGACGAUACACUCUGCGCUGGUACUUUAACAGUCAGGUUCAGGCCUGUAGGCCGUUCAUCUACAGCGGGUGUGAAGGAAAUGACAACCGCUUCCUUCACCUGGAGGAGUGCGAGGAGGUCUGCCUUGGGGAGGAAGAAGGUCCUCGUCCCUUGAAGACGGCACGAUGAUUGUGGCCUCAUCAGCCACAGGAGCGUUAGCCUUUAGAUUGCUUUUAUAGAUUACUAUUUUGUCAAAUGUCAAAGGUCAAGAUUUAUUUUAUUUAUUGUUUCUGUAAACCCAACCAAACUUUGCCCCAGGUUAAAAAGGUAAACCAGAGUGCCUCCUUGCUUUAUGUUCUUAAAAUCAGGCAGAAAAAAGACAAAAUAGUGUUUAUUAGGUUACAAAAUACUUCUUGCAGUAGUAAAACGAACACGUUUAACAUUUGCACACUGAAGAAGAGUGUCUUUGCUUUUUACACAGACAUUUUUGGGACUGUACGGUUGUUCAGUAAUUUUGUGUUUAAAUGGAGCCAAUGACUCCACUAAUUAUUGGAACAGGAAAACUGAAAGAAAUGCCUUUUCUGUGUGGAAGUGGUGGUUAAAUCGUUCACAUUAAAUAUUUUGAAAAUGAAAAAAACUCUUACUGCAAUUUUCUACCCCUUUGAGUUAAUCCAAAGGUGAGAAUCUGACUGUAUGUUACUCAACACAGAAACACAAUAUUUAAGGUUAGUAUUUUAGCUUUGUUUCUGAGAAAUUGUGUCUUUUCAGUCAGUUUGGUUAGCAAAGAGCUCUAAACACUGUUGUUUGUACCCCGCAUUCAUCUGGUGUCAGAAUAAUUGGAAAUUAUUCCAAUUGGAAAAAGUUACAAACUGGGAAAAUUCACAUGAACGCCACCUAAAGUUGGAACAAGUUGGAAAGUCUGUGAGAAUAUAGGCACACGACAUGCCAAGUUGACGUCAUAUUACGCAGAAACAUGGUAGAAGAAAGUAAAUGUUGAGUUGAUGGUAAGAAAAUCAACGUGUUUAAACACUUUGAGUUGGAACUACAUUUUCUUUGUAGUGUCCAUGUUGUUACUUCCGUCGGAAGAACGACUUCCCAACUCUGGGAAAUGGAAACAUACAAGGAGCACCUGAAUGGACCAUUACUAGAAGCCUCAGUAGUCAUUGACUUAAAGGGAGUCAAUGUAAAUUGCUGAAUGUAUUAAUAGGUUUCUACAAAGUAUAACCUUUGUGUUUUAAACAGUCUAUGAUCUUUACCCCCAUUUUUAACUUAAUAACAAUGACAAACAGUACAGGAAGUAUAUAAAUCUAUAUCAAAAACAGAAAAAGAAACUUAAAGGAAUUACACAACUAGCUUCAGCACUUAACAAAGCACACAACAGAUUUUUAAUAUCUGUGACUGGUUGCUUAGUUUUUACCGCUGUGCUCUUCGGUUUGCAUGUACAUGUUCUUAUACUUUGACUUUUUAUCAUAGAAGCAGAGUUUUUUCAACAUGGUUGAAGUGAAUUAAUUACCAUCCCCAUCCAAGCCUUGAAAGUGAUCUAACUGCAAGUCAUCUGAUGCUGUCUAUGCAGAAAAUGAACUUCCAGAACCCCAGAUGCCUGAAAUAACUAUCACUUUUCUACAUAACUAUGCAAGCACAACUAUAUUGGGUGAUUGUUAUGGAUAUAGUCUUAUCAUUUGUAUUAAAUAUGAAGAAUCAAGCACAAUAUUCUGACAAUAAUUUGUACAUAAUGUUUUUUUUUUUAUUGUUUUGGGGAAAGCUGUGUUUCUGAUCAUGACUGCAUGUUUACCUGCCAGAGAAAAGGUGCUAUUUUUAAAGGUAUUUUUAUACUGCGUUUUGAAGAUGGAAGCCUUUUGUUUUUGUGUGGUACAAACCAUUUUGUGUCUGUAGUAUUAUGGAACAUUUUAAUAAGAAUUUUUAAUAAACAAAAUGUUUAAGUAAAAACAA